CAGUCUGACCCGAAAAGGCCCCCAAACCGGUUUGUUUCUUGCCCGCGAAGGCGAGUCUGAAGCGUGUAAUUUGGUACCUGAAAGUUCGUUGCGCUUCUAUGCUCAAGCACUAGGGUUUUAAUUUUUUUUUUUUAUUUCUAUCAUCCAUUAGAAGUCCAUCUCUCAGCCUAUCUCCACAGUUUCGCAUCAUUCUCUAAUCCGGUUGAUUAUCCUUUGCUUUAUGGUUUAAAGAUGUUUUCCUCUAGAGGAAACAGUGCCUUUGGGCAGCAGCCGUAUGGCACGCAAUCUAGCUAUGCUCAAAAUCUGGGAUCUGCUUAUUCUGCAAGUUCAGUUGGAGGGCCUGAUGGAGGCUCUCAACUUUCAUUGGCUUCUAGGCAUUCCUCAAUGUUAAAUGUCUCUCAAGAAGCAGAUGUUGGUGGGUUUCGAAGCUCUGCAUCACAUUAUGGAGGUCAAUAUGGAACUCUCUAUGGCUCAGCUUCCGUCACUGGUGCUCAACAGGUGUCCGCAAUAAGUGCUAAAGGGACUGGAUCAUCAGCUUUGGAAGGUCGUGGUGGUGGCUAUCCCUCAGGUCUAUCCGAUUCUCCAAAAUUUGCUUCUGGUGGUGACUAUGUUCCAUCAUCUAGUCAUGGAUAUGGUCAUAAAAUUGAUCAAUUAUACACAGAGAAGAUUCAUGAUUAUCCAGUGAUUGACAGACGCCAGUAUGGUGAACGACAGAGUGCUUAUAUUGGGAGGGACAUGCAAACUGAUCCGGCUGCACGACAUGCCGAUUCUGUUGGUUUUAGUCAUCAACGUCAGGCCGGGAUGUAUGAACGUAUGGAUCAGGCAUCAAUACUCAGACAAGAGCAGUUACUGAAAUCUCAGUCAUUGCAAUCUGCAUCUCUUGAUGGAACGACCAGACAAAUUGAAUAUCUUGCAGCGAGAGGUGCUGCAAGUCGCCAUCCCACUCAAGAUCUCGUGUCUUAUGGAGGAAGAAUCGAUGCUGAUCCUCACAGUUCAUCAAUGCUUAGUUCGUCUUCAUAUAGUGGGCAACAUGCUCCAUCAAUAUUAGGGGCAGCUCCGCGGAGGAAUGGGGAUGAUCUCCUCUAUCAUCAGAGUUCAUCAAAUCCAGGCUAUGGAGUUAGCCUGCCUCCAGGUAGGGAUUAUGGCACAGGGAAAGUGCUUCAUGGGGCAUCUAUUGACUCAGAUUAUCGUGGAGGUCGUUUGAGGAUUGAUGAGCAUAGGGAUGAUAAAGCUGGUUAUCUUCGGGAAUUUGAGCUAAGAGAGGAGGAGCGUCAUCGAGAGCUUUUGCGUGAGAGGGAGAAAGAAAGAGAAAGGGCGAAAGAAAGGGAAAGGGAACGAGAACGCGAACGAGAAAGAAAGCGGGAAAGAGAACGCAUUUUCGAGCGGCGUGAGAAGGAGAGGGAGCGAGAGCGGAAGCGUGCACUUGAAAUUAGGCGUGAACGAACACCGCCAAGAGUUUCAAGAGAUAGACGUGGGUCCUCUUUGACAAAGGAGGGGAGACCUUUGCGACGAGAUUCCCCAAGCCAUGAAGCUUCACAUAGGCGUCAUUCACCUGUUAAAGAAAAAAGAAGAGAAUAUGUCUGCAAGAUUUCUGCUUCCAGUUUGGUUGAUAUAGAGAGGGAUUAUUUGUCAAUAGAUAGGAGAUAUCCCAGACUUUUUAUAUCUCCUGAAUUGUCAAAGGUUGUAAUUAACUGGCCAAAGGAGAAUCUUAGACUUUCUAUCCAUACCCCUCUCAGUUUUGAGCAUGAUUUUAUUGAAGAUGAGGCUGUAGUUGAGUCAAAAGAGCCCCCAUCAAAUAAGCCUUUGUCUCAACAACUUGAAAAAUCAGAGCGUGGGCACACGAUAUGGAAUGCCAAGAUAAUUUUGAUGAGUGGACUUAGUAAAAAUGCUCUGGAAGAGCUUUCUUCUGAGAAAAGCUACGAUGAUCGUCUACCACAUAUUUGCAAUAUUCUUAGGUUUGCUAUCCUGAAAAGAGAUCGCUCCUUCAUGGCAAUUGGUGGUCCAUGGGAUUCUGCUGAUGGGGGUGACCCCUCUAUUGAUGACUCUGUUCUAGUUCAAACAGCCCUGAGAUAUGCCAGGAAUGCAACUCAAAUUGAUUUGCAGAACUGCCGUAAUUGGAAUCGUUUUCUGGAGAUACACUAUGAUAGAUUCCGGAAGGAUGGGUUCUUCAGCCAUAAAGAGAUUACUGUUCUGUUUGUUCCAGAUUUAUCUGAUUGCUUGCCUUCAUUUAAUACAUGGCGAGACCAGUGGCUUGCUCAUAAGAAGGCUGUUGCUGAGAGAGAGCAUCAGCUCUCUUUAAAAAGAGAGAGGUCAAGGGAGAAGAAGGAAGGAAAGAAAGAUAAAGGAACAGAUUCUCCGAAAGAUUCUAAAAGGACGGACAAUUCAAAAAAAAACAAAGAAUCUGCAUCAUCUGGUCCCAACAACAAGGAGAAAGAUGGGAAAGGAAAAGCGACUGCUCAAAAGAGUGAUGAAAACAACAAGAACCUUGAGAAGAAAAAUGGGAUUGUAACAGGAGAGGAAGUCAAGAACGUUGAGAAGAAAGAAAAAGGGGAUACUGCAGGUACUCACACAACUGACAGUGUGAAGACUGGAAAAAAGAAGAUUAUAAGGAGGAUUGUCAAACAGAAGGUUGCUAAUAAGAAAAUGGAUGCUGAGAGUAGUGUAAGCAAGCAAAAUGAAGCUUUAGAUGCUAAGGAUGCUGGAGAGAACAAUGAAAAAUCUGAGAUCUCUGUUGAGCAAGAUUCUUCUAAAGUUAAGACUUUUGCGAGGAAGAAAGUUAUAAAGAAGGUCCCAGUAGGGAAAGCUACUCAAAAUGAAGAUAAGGGCUUGCAACCCGAGGUUAAAGCUGAGAGGGAUGUGGACAAUGGUGAAGAUAAACCACAGGAUAAUUCACAAACUGGCAGUGAUGCAAUUGUGCAAGGUACUAGUGUCAAAACUGCCAUAAAGAAGAAAAUAAUUAAGAGAGUACUCAAAAGAAAGCUCACAGGUGUGGGGACAGGUGAUAGGGUCAGUGAGACCAAGAAGGAUGACAAGAUAGUAACUCAGGCAGGUAAUGCAAUAGAAAAUAUUGCAAAAGAAAAAACGGAUGCAGAAAACCAGAUGAAUGAGAAACAAACUUCAGAAAAGAAAAUAAUUCCCAAGUCAAAAUCACCUACUGUGGAGAAGGAAGCUAGUGUGCCCAAUUCAACUAAAGUAGGAAUCAAAGCUGUCAAGGAGGACAAGGAUGACAAGGAAAUUGAUGGGAAAAGUGCUUCCGGGGCUAAAAUUGAGGGUAAGGAUGACAAGCAAAAAGUAGCUCAGAGGGAUAAUCUUGAUGGGAAGGGAGGAAAAGGAAAGGAUGAUGAAAAAUCUAAGGAUGAGAAGAAGGAAAAAGAUGGAAAAGAUGAGUCUAGGAGUAAAUCUAAUAAGGAUGUGAAAGAAAAGAGAAUGCAUGAAGAACCUCCUAAACAUCCUGGAUUAAUUCUGCAAACAAAAGGAGAUAAGGAAACUAAACUACGUUCAUUGUCACUUUCACUUGAUUCACUUUUGGACUAUGCUGAUAAUGAUAUUGAGGAAUCUACAUUUGAGCUUUCAUUAUUUGCUGAAUCACUUUAUGAAAUGCUUCAGUAUCAGAUGGGCUCCCGUAUUUUGACAUUUCUUCAGAAACUACGCAUAAAAUUUGUAACCAAGAGAAAUCAACGGAAGAGGCUAUGGGAGGAAAAGGAAGAGAAGGAUAAGGAGCGGAAAUCAUCAACCAAACGCCAGAAGACUAGUGAACAGCCUGUGAAGACUAAAUCUGCUGACUCUGCAUUGUUGGGCACAGAUCAGUCUGAGGAUCAAAAAACUAAGAAAAGGGAAGAUACUUCUGUUGACAAGGUUAAUGAAACAAAGUUGGAAGAUGAAACUGAUGAGGAGGAUGAUCCAGAGGAAGAUCCCGAAGAAUGUGAAGAAAUGGAGGAUGAAAUGGAGGAUGCUGGAGAUGACUUGCCUGAAGAGAAGAACCAAGAGGAGGAUGAGAUGAGUCUGGAUGCAGUCCAUGAACAAGUGACUGGCAAUGGAGAAGAAAAAGCAGAGGAUGAUGCCAAGGAAACAAAAAAUGAAGAGGCAAAGCCUAAGCCUGAUGUUGAUUUGUCGGAAAAAAGAGAUGUGAAGGUGGAGACUGGGAAUAAAGAGCCAACUGCUGUCAAAGAGGGUGUGAUUGAUAAGGAACUAUUGCAGGCUUUCAGGUUUUUUGAUCGUAAUCGAGCUGGCUAUAUUAGGGUAGAAGACAUGAGGCUGAUUAUCCAUAACCUGGGGAAGUUUCUUUCUCAUAGGGAUGUGAAGGAACUCGUGCAAAGUGCACUGUUAGAGAGCAACACCGGCAGGGACGAUCACAUUCUUUAUGGCAAGCUUGUGAGAAUGGCUGGUGUUUAAGUGAUUUGGGUGGUUCUGAUAUGUUGGGUUAUUGUUGUUUUAUGAUCUCAUAAUGGUCUUCCGAGAUGACACAAGGCAACCUUUUUUUUGGCACUUUGAUUUUCUGGCUGGUGGUAGUUUUUCUUGAGUUCUGAUUCAUCAGAAGUGAUUGAUGGUUAAAAGGUGCUGUUGCAUGUUGCAAAACAUUUUUAGGGUUUAGUUUGUUUCUAGGAGGACGUAUAUUGUAAUGGGAAAAUGUAAAUUGAUUCGAGUAAUUUGGGUCGUUUCCAUCUAUCGUUCCUGGGUUUUUAUUCUAGUCUCUAAAUUUUAGCUUGUUCCUCCUGUUUAAAAUAAAAAAAUUGGCAAGAUUAUGAUUCAAUGAAUUUUGUUUAUUAAUUCUCA